UGAAUUAACACACACUGUUAGGAGGUGGUGAAGCCUUACGAUUUUAAAUCCAAUAAGCCGUUCGACUGUAAACCCCCUGUGGUCAGUUUUGCUUAAGCAUGGAUGAAAUACUGGAUUGUUUUUUCGACCAAGUGUUUUCCGAGAUGGAGAGGGACUCCUUAUUGGCCAAAUAUAAAAGAAGGCAGCUGGUGGAAUACUUGUCGACUGUGAUCCAGGGUUGCACCAGGGUCGAGGGAGAUUCGAACGCAGCUUGUCGGAAGUGCGUCGUCAGCGCGCUCGACUUUCACGACGCGACAAAAGGGAAAAACGGCCAAAUCUGCCUCAUGGGCAAGUACCACAACGUUCUUUACGUAGCCGCGAAACUUGCGUUCGACUGGAACUUGCAAGACUCCGAGGUCGUUGCACGUCUCUUGGAAGCGUUGUACCUCUGCGAACGAGCUUUCGACAGGCUCAUGAGCGGUGCGAUAUUCGGCCCGAAAGCUUCAGGAGUGAUAUCAGGUUGGAAGAGCGAUUUCGACACGAUAGAGGAGAACGUAAACGCCGUCGGGUAUUUUUUAGAGCACGCUUGCAGAGAAAAAGCAGAAUACAAGACGAAAAACGGCCGUGUCCGUUUAGUCGACGUACCGAUGGAAACGUACGGACGCACAACGCCCGCGACCGUGGCCGUUCAAGUCACUAGGCCGGAUUUUCUUCUCCUUCUCCUACAACACGGGGCGCAAGUGUUCAUCGAGAACUCGCCCUCCCCGUUGGAAGUUCUGCUGAAAAGACUGAGCGACUCCCCAGACCGGAUUCCGAGCGGACUUCGCCAGUGUCUCUUCGUUAUAAUGAGAGUUGUGACUUUUCUACCGUGGAGGGGGGAGGAAGAAUUUUUGGAACCCUAUUUUCCAGGUUUGAAAUUCAUACCUGAAACAAGGAUGGCGUCACCUCCCGAAUUGAAACAUUUCUGCAGGAUCGCGAUAAGGACGAGACUACACGAAAACUUUCAAUUGCCAAUUGGCAUUUGGAGUCUACCUGUACCAGAAUCUUUACAACAUUAUAUUAAUAUCGAGGAAGACUGAUAUAUUGUAAUAUAACAUUUUACACCAAUUUUUAUUAAAAUAAUAAUCUUUAAA